CUCUCCUUAUUAUCACUGUAGGUUCCUUCCUCCGUUUUUCGCAGAGAAACAAAAAGAAAAAUGGCGAAAAAUCUUAGCCGUGUCUUUUCAUCAAUCUCGAAUCUAUCGACCCCAAAAUUGACUUCCUCCUUCGCUAGAUCCGAUCCUCUAAACCCAGCGAUUCGACUCAUCUCCUCCUCAGCUCAACAACCUCGAGAAAGCGUCAACAAGGAGCGGAAAGAGAGCUCGAAGAAAGAUCUGGAAUUCGAGAAGAAUGAAGAGGAUAAAGAUGGUGAAGACGAUGAUGGUGAUGAGCUCGACCUGAACGAGGAAACCGGUGAGAUCGGUGGGCCUAAAGGACCCGAGCCCACCCGCUACGGAGACUGGGAAAAAAAUGGUCGGUGCUAUGAUUUUUGACACUUUUUCUAUGUUGCAAAAAGUAUAAAUUUUACUUUUGUUCUAAGUAAUAAUUAAAAACGAAAUAUCAUAAAAAUGACGAUUAUGUUUAUAUGAUCAUCAUUUUAUUUUUUUAGUGUACUUGAUCACAUUUUAAUAUGAUUACUUUGCAAUUGUUUUUUUUUAA